GGUGGGAUUGGAGGAGGAGCGAAGGUGAGAAAGUAGAAAUGGCGAAAUCUUGUAAAGGUCUGGCAAUGGAAUUGGUCAAGUGUCUCAGCGAAUCCGAUUGUGUAAAGGUGGAGAAUCGGCCUUUUAGAGACUGCGCUAAAGAGAAGACCCCGGUCAUUUCUAGUGAAUGUGUCGGACUUAGAGAAACAUAUUUCAAUUGCAAGAGAGGCCAGGUUGACAUGAGAGCUAGGAUUCGUGGAAAUAAAGGUUACUAAUCGGAGUCGCACUGCUUUGUGGCUUGAACGACUUAAAAGUUACUGAUCGAUAUGUUUGUGAUGGCAAUGCAAGCUGAGUUUAGACAACUGAUUGCACUACAUUAAAAUCUUGAACAAUUCUUUGUAACAUCAUGAUGUCAAGAUUGUGUAAAUGGACUGCAAACCAUUUUGGCUGAGAUGGUGUUGCUUCUUAUAUAAGGGGCAUAGGCCCAAUUAGGUCUGGUUGGUAACU